AUGAGUCACAACACAUCUCUCUUGUUGGUACUUCUUCUUGUAUAUGUUUCUUCCUCCAAUUCAAUUUCAAAGGAAGUUGUUGAAAUCGAUGUUAUUUGCCAAAAAGCUUCCAAUCCUUCAUAUUGCUCGAACAUUCUCAACUCAAAGCCCGGUGGAGCAAAAUGUGUAAGUCUUGUAGAUCUCGCAGAUUACAUAAUUGACGCCCUUAUUGACAAUUCGACAAACACAAAUAUGCUCAUAUCCAGAUUGAUUGAUCAAAUUGGCAAUAAUGAUACCGAAAUAAACUAUUAUAGUAAGUGUAAAUCAAAUUUUAUUAGGGUUGAUGGUGUCAUUUAUAAGCUUAUAUAUGCAUCAAGAGAUUUGACGGACAUGCAGUAUCCGGCCAUGGUCAAAGGUAUAGAUAUUGUUAUGGAAUACGUUCUUGAAUGUAUUGAUAGUUUGCAUCAACAUAAAACCAGCCCUUUACUUGCAAAUGAUGUUGAAGUUCUUCGACAAGGUAUUCAAGUACUUCAAAUUAUAGCAAAAUACUUAAAUUAUGGAUAA